ACAGAAGCCAGGCAGUUGUGCCCUGGUUUUUCUCUCGGCAGAAUACCCGUAGAUACUUCGAGCUCAGGAGGCAUCAUCUCCAGAGCACUGAAUACUACAAAAUGCACAAAUCUGCCAACUCUGGGAAUGACACCUUCCAAGAUGAGUUUCACGUGAACUGCAAAUGGCUCCGGAAAGCCACAGAAGCGGAAUGUGAAAUGGAGGAGGUCUACCUGCGCGGGCACCGGCUCUGGUACCAACUGGAUUUGAGCUCCUUGAAACCUCUGCAAGAUGAUCAUGUCAGACGAGCUCUUGGGCAUCUCUACAAGAAAGCACCAAAUCUGGCAGUCACCUUUGCUAAGCGAGAGGGUGAGCUGUGGGCGAAGAGAACUACGAGUGGCGCUAUUGACUUUCAGGUAGUCAAACACGAAACGCUGGAGGAAGUGCGGUCUUCUCUACACAGGUACAAUUUUAACGAUAAAAUAGCACCGACAUUAUGCGCCCGGUUGCUGGAAGAUAAAACAACAAAUGCUGCUGGUGUCAAUGAACUGGAACCCAGUUUCCCUUACAAAUAUCAUCUUGUCUUUGGCAUUCGUCAUAGUGUGGUUGAUGGAACAUCAACAAUGACUCUAAUGGGGUAUUUCAUCAAGCUGUUAAAUGACGUCAUUUCUGGUGCAUCUGUAGACAACGGUGUACCUCUGGGCAGAUUCCUAUCUAAUGAAGAAACAUUAAAAUUAAUCCUAGAGAAGAAGAAAGAGAUUGAAGGAGAAGCACAAUUACUACAGCAACUUCAAGAUGAAUUCCAGUACAAGAAAGAAAUCAAACCCCUGGUUUUAAAGUUGUCCAAGGAACCUCAAUUUUCCAAGAGAACUGCUACAAUAUUCACGGUACUCAAUCAAACAACUACUCGCAGUUUCAUUGCAAAAUGCCACUCAGAAAAUGUAACCAUUAAUUCAAUGAUGACUGCUCUCAUAAACAGAGCUAUUGUAGAACUGUUUGUGGAAGAAGACAUUCUGCAAGACUGCUACAAGAUUCAAACUUUCCAUGCAGUUAACUUACGUCGCUACUGGAGUAGUACCGAAGUGUCUGAAACCCUGGGGUGUCACAUAGGCUUCCCUCUCAUUGUCAAUGCUGAAACACCAAGAGACUUACAGAGCUGCUUCUGGGAAUAUGCUAAAAACUUGCAUGCAAGGUUCAAGGAAGAUUUAGCCUCUGGGAAAAUUUUACAAAACGAGGCUUACAAAAUGAUGCAAUUAUCGAAGGACGAAUCACACGAUGGACACACUCACGUUCCAAAUGAUUAUGCAGGAGACUAUGUGACUUCCAGCAUGGGUGAUGUGACAAGACUUGUGACAACGGGAGGAGAUAACGUAAGAAUAACAAAUGUUUUGAGAUCGACUAGCAUUCACGGCACAGAAUUUCCUCUACUUUUUAAUUAUCACACUUUUAGAAAUAGAUUAACCCUUGGCUUUGACUACAACACCGAUGUGCUUGAUACAGACACUGCUGGGAGAAUCCAGUCAAAGAUAAUAAUGCAUCUAAAGGAACUAAUAAGCUGAAUUAGGGUAUUAAUACAUCCAAUCUGUGACUUGAAAUUGGACAUUAAAAAAAUUACUUUGUUUUUUUUAUUUUUAAACCAGCCUGUUCCAUUACAGAGAACUGUUCCACACGAUGAUCCUUUCUAUUCAUAUUCUAUACAU